AUGACGGGCUUGAAGCUUGCCGCACUCGGCAAAAGUUCCCGGUCCAUCGACUGGUAUUGGGAAGCUUCGGGACAGCGACCUCCUGCCCGCCUGUCCAAGGUGGAGUUGCAGCAACUCUCCCGAAAGCAACGCAAGCGCCGCCGUGAGGGGAUGUAUUGGGACAACGUCCUAGCACAUACUAUCAGGCAAAACGUCCGUGGAGAGAAAGCAAGGCUACUCAAGCAGGAGAGAGACGACUGGCGGGUACUUACCGAGACUUACGACAAGACGGGAGCUCGGGACUCAGCGAGCCUCCGUACUCCUGACUGGUGUGCUCCAGGGUAUCGCCAAGUGCCAGAGAAGUAUCAAGACUGUUGCCUUGUGGACAGUCUUCGUGCCCUUGGGCACAAGGUGCAAUAUCCGGGAGACGGGCCGUGGCGAAUCCGAGAUGGCAAUGCUUGGCUGAAGUACAUGGAAGCGGUGGCUACAGAAACCUUGUUGACUGUGCCAGGGCAAUAUGUUCUAGCUUAUAGCCAUCACUUCGUGGCAGCCCGACUGACGUCGGAAGGCCACUUACAGGUGAACCUGUCCCACCGGAAGCAUCAAUGGCACAAACUGCUUGCGGGAGCAGGUGGCGGUGAAUCGGCUCUUCGGUCUUGUUCGACCCAGCGUUGCAUGAUUCUGGACUAUACUUUGCUGGAUGCUGUUUUCGCAAUUCGACUGGUGGAAGGCAGUUCGACCGCGAAUCACACUGCUGAGGGGGCAGGAGCAGAUUGUCCAGGGUGCCCAGUUGGAUCAGGUUACAUCGGGGGCAGCGUGCAGGAGGAUGCAAAAGCGCACUGGCUGCGCAUCACGCAAAACCGCGCUGUUGCACUGCUGAAGAAAAGGAAGCAUGAUGCGCAGUUCGAUCCAAAUGGUUCAUUCGAUGAUCUGUGGGAGAUGUCUAUGUCGCCGGUGUGCUGCCCCACUUACGGCGUCAACACAUCUAGAAUCCGAUUGCCUUUGCGUUGCCUGCACCAAGCACAUGUGCCCCAUCUUGGGCACGGCCCCUCCGACUUUCUUCGAGAAGCUCUUCCCCUGUCCUCGUGCUCUUUGCUGGAGAUAACCAACAAGCACUCCCGCGACAAAGAUAUACGGUUUGAGCCGUGCACACACACUUACUAUGUGAAGGGGCUACGUGUGUCAUGUUCCGUGACAGGCUUAGUCCACAGGUUUGCCAACGAGUUUGAUCCCGACAGAUGCAUCGCAAGAAUGCAGCAGGGCCAGCGCUGGCCGAGACCCGAGUAUUCCCACGCAAGUUCUGGUGUCCUCAUCCCUUUCACCGCAGCCGAGAUCAAAGCUACGUGGCAUGCGAAUGGUGUGGAAGCAUCGGCCAGGGGUACAUGGCUUCAUCAUCAGGUGGAAGUCCUUCUGAAUGGAGGCUCAGUUGAGGAAAUGCCAACUGAGUUGGCUUUGUUUGCAGCUUUCCUGAAGACCUGUCCGAAACUCAUGGCAUUUCGCACGGAAUGGUGCAUAUAUUCUGAUGACGAUGAUGUGGCAGGCUGCAUCGAUUUCGUUUGCUUGAACAAAGAGGGAAAAGCUGUACUUUUCGAUUGGAAACGGACGAGAGACCUCUGCAACAAAUUUCAGAACCCAUGGUCCCGCAUGAAAAUGCCACUGGGUCACCUUGACGAUUGCGCUGGCCAACAUUAUUCUCUUCAGCUUAACUUAUACAAGCACAUCUUGCAGAGGUACUACCAUCUCGAAGUGCAAGACAUGUUCGUUGUGGGAUUGCAUCCGGACUGUGGCACAAGUCCAUUCGUGUACAAGGCUCCCGACAUGUCCGCCGAAGUCCAGAUGAUGCUAGCGUCACACAGGGAGCACUUGCGUAAGAAGGCUGAGGAUACGCAAUGGGAGGAUAGACAGGGAGUGGACUCGGCGUCAUCGUGCACUGCUAAAGUUUUUCAGCAGGGAAGUCAGGAUGCCGCGGAGUACCAAGGUGGGAAGUCAGCCGAAGCAUGUGCAGCGGAUUUCAUGGAUAUGUGGGAAGAAAUGCAGUUUGAAAACCCAGAUGCGCUUGCCCAUCCACAGCCUGCACGAUUGACGUUGCCAUAUCUGGAAGAGGCGCCGCAGGAUGCCUAUGCGGAUGAGUCGCUCAUGCCUUAUGAGCCGCUUGUCAUCGAGGAGACCCGGCAUGAUUGGGAACCAUCCUGGCCAACUCAGGCACUUGGGGAGUGGCAGAGAGCAGUGACGUUGGCCGCGCAAAGGCUGAGCUACGCAGGGGGGAGGCUUCCACAGGAAGUGGUGGACAAGCUGCCAGGUUUCUUCUUCUCCUUCGAAUAUCUUCGGACACUAGCGUGUGUCUCGCCGGCAAUGUGCCGAUCAGUUCGAGAUCGUGAGAACUGGAGAAACAGUCGUAUCUUCCUGUCCACCGACGAGUUCGAAAACGCACAGACUCUGCGCAGGAUGGUCUACUUUUACAGUGCGGCUCGCUUAUGCCUCGUCAAUGUCCGACAACUGGCAAUGUUUCAUAUCUUUCCUGAGCGUAUGCUACUCGACUGGACGGCAUCUGUGGCUCGUCCAGGGCUUCUAAGACAGGGUGUGUCUGGUUUCAUUUCGGACCGACCUCUCAUGGGAUGCGCUACCUUUGACCUCGUGCUUCCAGAUCAUGCUGUGGGGCUUUACAUGGGUGUGCAAGAAUGGCGAGGCACGAAGCGAUCUUAUUGCCGGAUCGACAAUCUGUUCAGAAGAGAUUGCACAGUCUCGUUUGCCUUAGAUGACAUGCCUCCUCAACCUCAUGGUGGACGUAAUCGCUGCCCGCUCCUUCCCGACCGAUCUUAUCGUUUCAGUCUUCGCUGGGAUCAGAGAAUGCUUGAGUUGUCAGUUGAUGGCAGAGGCGUUUCUGUCGCUCGUCUGCGUGACGGUGCUGCCGACGCCGUGUCUCCGCUGGCCCGUGUUUUCACAUGGAUCCAUGUGAGACCGCGCCCAUUCACACAGAUGGCAAGCUUCCGCCCAGUGCCCUCUUAUGUGCGGCUGGAUCCCACUAUCAGAUGCACUUUAUGCCAGAGGGAGCACACAGGUCUCCGGAUACCACGAUGGGCUGUGUGCCCGCUGUGUGACUCCUGGAUUUGCGCGAGUCAUUGUGGUCAGACACCUUGGCGCCGAUGUCCGUGUUGUCCGAACCAACUCAUGGACUACAUCGGUGGAAGCCAGGUGCAGCCUUAUGCCGACGCGACUAACUUCUUCCAGACCAUUUCGACCCUCGAAAAUCAUUCUACGCGCUCAAGCGAGUUCUGGCAAGACAAGUCGGGAGGAUCUUGCGAAGAUGUGGAGGGUGGAGCGUUGUCACAGUCAUCAUUCAGUGCCAGAGUUCUGCAGGAGAGUCAAGACGGGCCCUUUGAGGAGCGUGGAGAUCCGGCCGAUCAACAUGCAGAUCCCGAUCAGCAUGCACAUCCCGAAAACAGCGAUGGUGCUCUUCAAGUCAACUACGAAGAAGCAAGAAGAGUUCCUCCGGAGUCAACUUUUGCCCGUGUUAAGCCUUUCUUGCUGCAGCUCGAAGGCAUCUUCCGCUUGUUGAGCGCACGGGUGGAAAGAAGCGAUGAGAAGUUGUUGUCUGCCAUCGAUGACCAAUGCCAGGAGUAUAACACUGAGCAGGAGUUCCUCACCGUGUGUUUAGAUCAAGCUGUGCCACAUUUUCUUCGCCGGCAAGGGGGCCGCCGCGACGAUGAAGCUGAAGGUCCCGCUGGAGGUUGGCCCAUUCUGACUGCAGACAUGAUAUCACGCAUUGCAGUGCCGUUGCAGCGGGAUUUGCUGGACGAAAGACGGCUUCUUCAAUUCGUUGCCGAGUGGUGCAACACUCCGUCGCAAAGGCAAGCUGGAUGUGCAUAUGCAGAUUGCUCGGUGAAGUACGAUGUUGGUCCACGCACACCUCUUCAGUUCGUGAAACCUGCUCCGGAGAACAAUAUCUACGUUCGAAUCCCUCGCUGUUUGGGAGAUCCCGUCUUGCAGAAUGCAGAGCAGAGAUUUCAGAAGUUUGUCAGGCAGACAGCAGACGACCUGGCUGGACGUAAGCCGUACGGGUACAUCACCCGUAUUCUCCGGGCUACCGGGUGGAAGCAUAUUGAAACCAACCGCCUCAUGACCUUCAAAAACAUAGAAGAGGGCAAUUUCAAUUCGAUCAUGCGGCGAAGCUUGGUCUGGAGACCAAAGCCUCUUUUCGUGGAUCCCACUGUCAGAUGCGCUUUAUGCCAGAGGGAGCACACAGGUCUCCGGAUACCACGAUGGGCUGUCUGCCCGCUGUGUAACUCCUGGAUUUGCGCGAGUCAUUGUGGUCAGACACCUUGGCGCCGAUGUCCGUGUUGUCCAAACCAACUCAUGGACUACAUCGGUGGAAGCCAGGUGCAGCCUUAUGCCGACGCGACUAACUUCUUCCAGACCAUUUCGACCCUCGAAGAAGAAGUCGAUAAGUUUUCAUGCGUUGUUCGCAAGACUAUUCGGCAACAUGCCGAGUUUUUGCAGCAAAACCCCUUAGCUGUGAAGCUGUUGCCAGACCCGGCCGCAAAAAACAGGAUGUCGAAGCGCCUUUGGGAGAAGGUCAUGUAUCGGGGCCGAGCGAUAAUUGAUUUUCUGGACCAGAAACAAGAUUUAUUGCUCUUCAGAUUCCUUCAUGCUCUCUCGGAGGACCUUUCUUCAUCUGAUCGCAAGCGUCUAUUGGCCGACCUUCCUCACCCGGAGGACAUGCGAGAUGGCACGCCCUGGCGUCAGCUGGCUUUAGAGUAUUCUCUAGAGCUUCAGCUCCAGUUGGCGCAAGAGCAACGGCGGCGGUCAGAAGCCCAGGCAGCGAAAGAACAGCUACUUCGAAUUCAAUCUCUGCAAACUCAUUCUUCGCGCUCAAGUGAAUUCUGGCAAGACAAGUCGGGAGGAUCUUGGGAAGAUGUGGAGGGUGGAGCGUUGUCACAGUCAUCAUUCAGUGCCAGAGUUCUGCAGGAGAGUCAAAACGGGCCCUUUGAGGAGCGUGGAGAUCCGGCCGAUCAACGUGCAGAUCCCGAUCAACAUGCACAUCCCGAAAACAGCGAUGGUGCUCUUCAGGUCAACUACGAAGAAGCACUUGGUGUGCGUGCGCAGCAAGAGUUAGAGGCUCUGCUAGAUAAAGAGGACCAGCUGGCAGACCGGUUGCAAGUUGCCAAGAAGAGAAGACUAAUGCCCGGUGCAGCCGAUUCGUUUGCUGCCUUCGAGAAGAUGUUCGAUGCCCAAAAAGAAGCCUGCGAGUCAUCCUUUGGCGAAAAACCUGAUUCUGCAGAAAGCUCAGGCUGUAGCACGGUUCUGCAGCGAACGUCGAGAAUUCUCCACUUCGUGCGAGAGCGCUUUCCUGACUGGUCUGAGCAGCUUGUUAGAUUGGGCGCAGCAGCUAUCACCGUUUAUCGCACCAGGUAUUCAGACAUGUUCGUCCGUGACUUCGUUGCUCUGGUGUGGGUGAUGGAGGGCGAGCGGUUCCUGCGAGCUCACGGAGGUGUGUGUUACAUGUACCACGAACAUGGUGCUUUCCAAGCAUUUGCAGGCGUUCCUCCGGAGUCAACUUUUGCCCGUGUUAAGCCUUUCUUGCUGCAGCUCGAAGGCAUAUUCCGCUUGUUGGGCGCACGGGUGGAAAGAAGCGAUGAGAAGUUGUUGUCUGCCAUCGAUGACCAAUGCCAGGAGUAUAACACUGAGCAGGAGUUCCUCACCGUGUGUUUAGAUCAAGCUGUGACACAUUUUCAUCGCCGGCAAGGGGGCCGCCGCGACGAUGAAGCUGAAGGUCCCGCUGGAGGUUGGCCCGUUCUGAUUGCAGACAUGAUAUCACGCAUUGCAGCGCCGUUGCAGCGGGAUUUGCUGGACGAAAGACGGCUUCUUCAAUUCGUUGCCGAGUGGUGCAACACUCCGUCGCAAAGGCAAGCUGGAUGUGCAUAUGCAGAUUGCUCGGUGAAGUACGAUGUUGAUCCACGCACACCUCUUCAGUUCGUGAAACCUUCUCCGGAGAACAAUAUCUACGUUCGAAUCCCUCACUGUUUGGGAGAUCCCGUCUUGCAGAAUGCAGAGCAGAGAUUUCAGAAGUUUGUCAGGCAGACAUUUUGGUGCAACGAGCACUUCUAUGUGUGUUGCCUCGCCGCCAUUGCUCUGGCCAAACGUGGUGAGAAUGUAGAUAGAUGCUUCAUUGGAGAAUCUUCCGGAGGCACAGGACAAUCGUUGUACAGCAACCACUUGGCGGCAGUGUAUGGGCAUAACCACUCGUUCAUAGACCCGAACUUGUGGCACAACGAAGACGAGCUGCGCAAGCAGCUUGAAACUUUUGCCCACUGCUUCAUAGUCACCGCGCAAGAGACCCCAGAGACGCACCGAUCUUUCAAGGAGGACCUGUACAAGAAAAUGGUUUCUGCAGACGACCUGGCUGGACGUAAGCCGUACGGGUACAUCACCCGUAUGCUCCGGGUUACCGGUUGGAAGCGUAUUGAAACCAACCGCCUCAUGACCUUCAAGAACAUAGAAGAGGGCAAUUUCAAUUCGAUCAUGCGGCGAAGCUUGGUCUGGAGACCAAAGCCUCUUUUCGUGGAUGAUGAAUGGCUUCAAGCACAUUAUCCUGACUCUCACCUCGACGGGAUUUUUGCCAAGGAUAUCGGUCUGGGUGAGUUUCUCGAGUCAGGACCAGCGAUUGCAGUUUCACUGCGACGCCAGCAUGGUUUCGAGGCCACGCACAAUCGAGACAAAUGCAGAGCUUUGAUCGAAGAGUAUGCUGUAGCGGGGCUCACGGAAAAGAAGAUGCGCGAGGCAUGUGGCCUUCGCCCGCGCGAGGAGACCACCGACCAACCUACCAAUGCUGUUCUGGCUUUGGUGGAGCAAGCUGGCGAGGCAGAAAACCAACAACGGGAAGACGAGCCACUUCGUAAGAUAAUCAAAACCAUGGUGCGCGUGGGCUUGGGCACCAAGGCAUCUCCGGCGCUGAUCCCUAGGUUCACAAAGUUGUGGUGGGAUCGCAACGCCUCGAAGUUAUCUGCACAGAAAGACGCUUUCAACGACUUGUGUUCGAACGAGCUCUUGAUCACGACAGUGGCCUGGGGCAAGAAGGAGUUGUACAUACCGAAGGUCUUUUGCCAGAAGACGUUCAGAGAAGUCUGUAGCUGGGCGCAGCCUAGCAAGCCUACGGUGCUGUGCGAAGUGUUUGAUGCCAGUGAGCUUUGGAAGGCGGUCGACUCCUAUCCGUCUCGAGGACACAAUGCCGAGAUCUUGCAGCAGUUCUACAAGAAGCUCCUCUCCCGCAUCAGCAAGAAACGUGGCCGGAUGAGCGCAACGCAAGCCGAGUCUCUCUCCCACUGGCAACAUACAUCCGACAAGCUCAGGAAGCAAGAAGAUGCUGCUAGAUCUCUGUUGGACUUCUUUGAGACAGAAACAGCGCCGGCAGCAGCCCAAGCAGCAGAAGCAGGACGUCAGCAGCAUAGCGGGGUCCUGUCGGCGCAGAGAUUGUGGGAGCAGGGUCCACAUGCAGAGCACGUGUCGGCCGCUGGUGAGUCACCCGUCGAACCGCUUCCUAUGAAUCCGUUCGAGGGUAAGGCCUGGGUCACUAUGCAGACCAGCUACAAGUACAACCAACCAAUGUUGCGCACGCGUCGGUAUGCAGAGGGCUUAUCCGCGCAGAAGCUGUCUAGAGCAUGGCAGAUGGUUAGUCUUUCGCACACAGUUGACCUGGACAUCGAGAAUUGCUGCUUUGUGUUAAUGUUGCAAAUUUUGGACCGUAUGAAUCCGGAGCACGCAGAAUGGCCGUCCGUGAGAGAGACACUCAGCGCCUGUGCCGAGGACCGAGAGAAAGUGAUUCAAGAGCAACUGUGUGUAUGCCGUAGUCUGGGUAAGAGCAUCCUUCUCAAGGUGUUCAACGGAGGACAGCCCCCGUGUGAGCUGUCACACAACCCGUUCGUAAAGCGCCUGCAACAAGCAUCGCUGUUUUGCAGGUGGCUAGCAGCGUCGUCACUUCCAGAGCUUCACCGACAUUUUGUAGAUGAAGCCAGGGACAAUCCUGAGGCGUCGACCUUGUUUUAUAUGUGGACAGUUGCCGAGGAUGCGGUUUUGGAUGCGUGGCUGGAGCACCUGCAGGCGUUCCAUCCUUCGCACCUGUCGCUUCACUUCGAUGGCAUACGCGUCAGCUCAAAUGAUGUUGGAGAGGCAGUUCAAGAUUUCUGCGCAGCCUGCAGUCGCCAUAUCGAAGCCAAGGCAGGUUUCAAGGUCCACAUUCGCCCAAAGACUCACGGUUGCUUUCUGAAGCUGGUUGCUCAAAAGGCCUCCUCAUCUCCUUUGCACUGUGCUGAACAACUUCUAGAGCCUGGCAACUGUAUCUUACGUGGUCUGUUCCAUUUGGGUUUUACAGAUGAUGCCAUCCGCAUUCACGAUGACUCAACGUCAGAGUACGGUUUGUAUUACAGGCGUAGAGGGCACCGAACAUAUUUGCAUGUGGAGUCUGCAUCUGGAAGAGAAUUUCAUCCUCGACUGGAUCUCAGGCAGAUGAAAGCCAAGGAUCAAUUCCUGUUGCACUGUUACGUGCGGGGACAGCCUCACUGCGUCGCGGUCAUGGUUUCUGACGACACCGAGGUUAAGGUUGUAGACGGGUCUUCUUGCUGGACUUUGAGAACCGAAGACUUUCAGGACGCAUGGCACGAUGCGGCUGAUAACAAGUACUUAGUGAUAUUUGACGUCUUGGAACAAGGCCGCGUAGCCAAUGAGCAGGCAGAUUCAACGGGUCCUUUGCCUUCCGAGUGGGCUGUGUUGAAGGAGCUGCAGGCAGGUUCAGGAGACACAUCGUUAGAGGAAGCAGACGACGAAGGCGAUGGGGCCGAUGAGGCGACCACCAAAGUCGGCGAUCACAUCUUGGCAUUGAUGGAAAAGGAAGUUGAUGACUUGCUCUCCAAGAAAAAGGUUCACAGGAACCCAGACAAUCGGCUGGUGUGUCCGCUAUGUCCUUUCCGAGCUUUCGACAAAAAUAACAAGGGUAGAGUUUUGCAUCACAUUCAGAAGUACCAUUGUGCGUCGAAACAGUACUGCCCUAGCGGCACAAAGCAAAUGAAGCUUGUGAUUGCCCUGCACGACGGUGACCGCCUCUUGAAAAGAGCAGAGAAAUGCGACCUGCUGUCCCGAUCUGCAUCCAUCAUGCGACAAACCAUCGUACCGCCUCUCCCCGGUGCCAUCAACUGUAUUGACCGCUUCAUCCGCUUGGUUAUGACAGAAUCGGGGCCAGAGUUCUGGAAUGUCUCCACUGUGCAAGGCGAAGCAUUUGUUCGGCGAGUUCGAAACCUGUACUACACCAAGGGUUUCGGGCAGUUGAUUUUCCAGCAGACGUUGCUUUGCAAUGCCAAGGUGCAGGGAAAGGUAAACAUUGUUCUCGCAAAACGGCUAGAGUGGCUAAUGUCGAUUAGAAUUGUGCACGGCGUGAUCGCAGCUCUACAUUCUAUGAUGGAGCACGAGUCCACCUGUUUGCUCCCGUCGCACGCCAAGGAUUGGCUGCCGCUGAUGGAGGACAUUCUCACUUCUCCGGCCGCUGCGGCAAUGGAACGAGAACUCAUCCAUGAGCUCGUACAGCACAACGAGUACCAGACGCUGAGCAUCGAUGCCACGCUUAGGUGCUGUCUUCCCAUCCUAGGACAGCCACGCCCACGUUCUAUGGAUGCGACUCAAGCGGCCUUCGACGAAGCCAGCAUGCUGCGAAGGGUGUUCACCGUACGCGGGCGAACAAAUGCCGUGGUCGGCAUGUUCGCAGUGGCCAGUGAUGAUGCAUGUGGAGCAGCACAAGCUCUGGUAGAAAGCAUUACAGCUGAAGGACUCGCUCAGGUCGAAUUCGUCACCGUGGACAAUCCGAGCCGGCACUACUUGCUUAGCUUGAAAAACAUUUGCCCGAACCUGCAGGUUAUGGCUUUGGACCCGGUGCAUCUGGCCAUGACAUGUGAGUACGCAAGUUCUCGGAAACGUACCAAGGCCACGAAAACAUUGCGCUGCAUUCUGUCCAAAUUUUCUGCUGUUGAUCACGCGUACGAUGCUGCAAGUUGGGGGCACGUCUUCCACGGGCGCAGUUGCAAAGGGCUUACAGUCGAGGAAAAUUCGCUGCGUCAGAAAAUCGAAGAUCGGACGAUGCGGGUGACGACAGCGGAACAAAUCCUGGCGCAGCUGGACCCAAGCCGACCGUUCUAUACGCGCGUCGAGUGGAUUCGGUCUUUAGCCGCCUUGGUUUCAGUCUUCCGGGAUGAGGUGAGCCGCCUCGCUCCUGGUCCAAACAGGCGAAUCUACCAGCUGCUUCACACAGCAGCUGCUGCAGAGCGAAGUGAAUGGUACAUGAACAACAUUCGACUUCGUCACAGCAUGCCGAGACACCGGCUCAGUCUACUCCCCGUUGGCACCACCAGUAACGAGUCGCUACAUCACGAGAUCAAUUGCUGGUUUCGUGAGACUCAGCAGAUGCACCAGUCAACUCUGCAGCUCAAACUUCGCGUUCUGAAGCUUGGCAAGCUCAUGUCGCACAACUCAGCUUUAUACCAGCACACCUCCAAGCAACUGCCGCAUUCUGUCGUGUUGGCACGAGCCAGUCGUCGCAACCUGUGGUCGGAGAAGGGAUGGCAGAGGUGGUGCAAGGAGCUGCGCGACCAAGGUGCGGUGUCCAAGGCGAGCCUGCCACUUUCUGCAAAGCGACAGCAAGAAAAACAGGCGGUGAAGGAUGCGGCUGUGAGAAUGAAGCGUCCUGCUGCCAUAGACUCUUCUGUCGUGAAGAAGAGACGGCGCACUCCUCACACUCUUGAGCGGAAGGAUUCGCUUCGGAGAGGAGGCGUGCGUUCGUCCACCUACUAG